AUGCCAGACAAUUAUGUUGCAGGCCUAGAGGCUCCUAGUCUUGACCAACCUACCACCAAUAUAGCCAAGACGAGCGAGCACGACCUGCAGAAAACCCAACACCGGUAUGAUGUGGAACGCAAGAAACGCCUGCACCCUGAUGGGCCAACCCAAUAUGUGGCCUUGACCGAUGAAUCUACGAACAGCCUCCUUUCGAAUGGAAAUGUCAACAAUCAUCUGCUCGAGCAGAGAAAGGUUCGAGUGCUCAUUGUCGGCGCUGGGUUCGGAGGGCUGCUGUUCGCAGUGCGACUCCUCCAGUCGGGGUUUCUUCGUGCAACUGAGAUCCUCUUUGUGGAUACAGCAGGUGGCUUUGGGGGAACGUGGUGGUGGAACAAAUAUCCCGGCCUAGCGUGUGAUGUCGAAAGUUAUACUUACAUGCCGUUGUUAGAGGAAACCAAGUACAUGCCGUCGCAAAAGUAUGUCACCGGACCUGAAUUGAGAGAACACGCGAAUCGUAUUGCCAGUCAAUGGAAUCUCAUUGACCGGGCUUUGUUCCAGACUGCGGUCAACAAGUUGGCUUGGAAUGACCAGGAUUGUCAAUGGACCAUCCAUAUCACACCACAUGGCCAGUCACCCACCGCAAUACAAUCUGAUUUUGUUAUCUUGGCUACUGGGUUGCUGAAUUCCCCGAAAAUCCCAAAGUUGGAUGGGUUUGAGACCUACAAGGGGAAGGUUUUCCACACUUCGCGCUGGGACUAUGAUUAUACUGGAGGAAGUCCAAGCAGUCCAACCAUGGAUAGACUGCAAGACAAGACGAUUGGAUUUGUCGGCACGGGUGCAUCUGCCAUCCAAGCAAUCCCACACCUUGCCCAGUGGGCAAAGAAAGUGAUCGUUUUUCAACGCACACCGUCUGCUGUUGAUUGGCGUCACAAUCACUCCACUGAUCGCGCCUGGUGGGCGAAAAUGGUUCAAGAAGCCGGCCCUGGGUGGCAACGAGAGCGCAUGGAGAAUUUCAAUGCUUUCCCCUCGAAUGAGAAUCCUCUCCCAGAUAUAGACCUUGUCGACGAUGGUUGGACCAAAAUGCAGUCUUUCAGUGUACUCAUCGGGAGUCCCUCUGGUCUUGAUCCGGACCAUCUGAUGCGGAUGCAUCAAUUGGAUUUACGUCGCCAAGAGGCAAUCCGCCGUCGGGUAGAAGCGACAGUGACCGAUCAGUCGACUGCUCGAGUUUUGAAGCCCUGGUAUCCUGGGUGGUGCAAACGGCCGUGCUUCAGUGACAACUUUCUCACCACAUUCAAUCGACCUAAUGUUUCCCUCGUGGACACUAAUGGAAAUGGAAUCCGGAGUAUGACAGAUCGAGGGAUCUUGGCAGACGACCAAGAAUAUGAUUUGGAUGCCAUCAUUUUUGGGACUGGCUACAAUCUUGGGGGUAGUGCCGAUCGUGGGGAUCUGACUGUAACCGGACGUGGCAACCAACUCCUCCAGGAAAAAUGGCAGAAGGGGCUGAAUUCACUCCAUGGAGUAAUGACGAAUGGAUUUCCUAACCUAUUCUUUCCGGGCCCGUAUCAAACAGGAGCGUCAGCAAACCAGGUCUAUGUUCUCGAUCAGCUUGCCGUUCAUGUCGCCCACAUCAUCUCGGAGGCCGGCAAGUUAACCUCGGAGCGAAACCCAAAUGUCACCCUUUCCGCGUUUACUAUUGAGCCUAGCUCUCGCUCGGAAGGAGAAUGGACUUCCAAGGUUUUGAUGAGAGCGCGAGCACUGGGAGGUGUUUUGGAUUGUACUCCGGGGUACUUCAAUCGGGAGGGACUCCAAUUUGAUGACCGUGAAGCGUUUCUGGCAGCACACUUCAGUAUCUGGGGAGAGGGGAUUAAGAGUUAUGUGAAGGAGAUAGAGGAUUGGCGCAAGACAGGUGAGUUGAGUGGACUUGACAUUCAGUCUCGACAUGACGCGUAG